AUGCUGAAUACUGACAUCCACAGGACUUCGUCCAGAGCUAGACAUGCGAGAGCGGCCUCGUGUUCUACGGCCGAGAAGGUUCCAGAGGGUGCAAUUGACGUCGUUUCUCCUCCUGCCGUGGAACAAGAGGGAGACGCAUCUCGCCGAAACGUGGAUGCAUCGCGUCAAGAUGGCGGUCUGGGGUACCCUCCUCGCGGCGGCGUUUCGCCUACUCGGACGAGAGAGGAGUUUCUUACUCCUCAUGAUGAUGCUUCCUUCUUCGACCACAAUAGCCUCGGAGAAGGUGGGUCGUCUCAGCGUCCUGAUGGUCAUGAGGAGAUGUCUCAUCGCUCAGAGAUGGGUGGUUCUGUACCGAAACCUAAUGCCGAGGAUGGUCCCGAAGAACCAAAGGUCGAGUCUCGGAGCUGUAAUCCUCAUGCGGUGGAGACGCGGUGGCAUGGUGAUGUUCCUCUCAUGGAGGAUCAGGAUGCUUGUGUAGGAUCGGUUUGGGUAUCCAAGGUCCAUCCGGGCCGAGGGAUUCCUCGCGAAGGGCUCGCUUUCAGGGGUGACUUUGAUGAGGCAUCUCAAUACCACGUCAAGUCUAGUGGGAAGUUUGCCGCACUGAUUCAGAAGUUCGAGACGCCUCUCCGAGCAGCUAAGGAGGAAGUCUUAAGGUUGCGGCGGGAGGAUGAGAAGGCCGAGGAUAUCAAUGCGGUGGUGGCUGAUUUGAAGCUUGAGAAACUUGCUUUCGAGGAAAAAGUUGGAGUGCUGAAUAAGGAGAUAAUGAAGACUCUCAGUCUUCAAGAUAUAGCGGACCAGUUGAGAGCUCAACAUGCUGAUCUCACGGAGAAGGUUCGCCGGGGUGUUGAAGCCGCUGUUGCUAAAGCGGAAUGUCUUCGUCGGUCACGUCAGGAAUGGGCUGAAGUAGCUGCUACUCAAGUCUAUGACUCGGUGAGUGAUUUGUACGCUCCUCGCCUUUGCCGUCUCUCGGAAUUCUUCGCCCAACGGGAUGCAGUCGAGGCAGCUGUAGUGAGGAGGCAGGUCGACGAGGCUCUUCUCGAUUUUGUGAAGAAGAUCUGGAGAGUGGACCUGGAUUUCAACGCGGUAGAGGAGAGACUUGGGGCCAAGCUGGCGAAGAGCGUCGUGGAUGGAGAUGCAAUCGAUGAGGUCGUCAUUACUGAUGACGAUUUCGCGAAGCCUAGCAGUGUUUCUAUACUGGUGCUGCCGGGAUCUCCGUCUCGUCGAAAUAAUGAUGGUGCUGGUUCGGGUGCGGGGCCUUCUGCUCUCGGGGCCAAGUCUGUUUAG